AUGGCGAUCGAAUUCUCCAUAACCUCUUUGACGUGGUCGAAUGUUUUAGGCAUCUUUGCGUCAGCAGCGUUGUUAUACUAUAUCUUCUCAGUGAUCUAUACCUGGAGCUGUCUUCGAAAAGUUCCUGGCCCCUUCUUCGCCGCAUUCUCAUACCUGUGGGCACUAUCUACCGUCACUGCCGGCCAAGAACCAUGGAUCUAUACUGCUCUGGCCAAAAAGUACGGCCAUCUCAUAAGAGUUGGCCCUCGCCUUCUUCUCACCGACGACCCUGACGUCCUGAGGAAAAUGUCCGGGGUGCGAAGCGCCUACGGCAAAGACGAUUUCUACACAGGUGCGAUCAGGCAUCCUGAUUACCUCACUAUGUUUUCAACGCUAGAUAUACCAAUGCAUGAUGCUAUCAAAGCGAACCUGGCAAGCCCCUAUGGGGGUCGUGAGACUUUGGCUAUGGAGCCGAUCGUGGAUGACAUGGUCAACGCGUUCCUUCGGAAUAUUCGAAACAAGACAUCUAAGAGCUCUGACCUGUCAACUGUCAUCAACUUUGUUGACGUAGUUAGCUACUUUACCUUGGACACGAUCACUCGCAUUGCAUUUGGGAAGGCAAUGGGAUUUCUGGAGACCGAUUCUGACGUCGGAGGUUUGUUUGCCGCGAGCCGUUUAGCUUUGAAGACCUACACGAUCCCGUUGGCCACACCUUGGCUGCGCAGAAUCACCCUCUCCAAGUGGUUCCUCAAGACUCUGGGUCCAAAACCGACCGACAAGAAAGGCUUCGGUGUUAUCCUGGGAGCGGCUGAGCAAGCUGUCAAGGAGCGCUACAAGCCGGGGGCUCCUGAUGAGAAAGACUUGCUGGGUGCCUUCAUCCGGCACGGUCUUCCAGAGGGUCCCUGCCUGAGCGAAAUAUUGUUCUCCAUCACUGCCGGCUCGGACACAACAGCAUCCACUGCGGUUAUUUCCGAGGCCAUCAGCAAAGGGAUUAUCUCCAGCCCAAUCAAGCAGGAAGAGGCAAAGGCAAUUCCCUAUCUCCAGGCUGUCAUCUACGAGGGCCUUCGUAUGCGUCCUCCCGUCCCAGCAAUGUUUCCCAAAGUCGUACCUCCUCAAGGUGACGAGAUCGACGGGAAGUUUAUCCCCGGUGGUACCUCCAUAGGUUGGAAUUUGAUACCUAUGAUGCGAUCACCUCGCUAUUGGGGCCAUGAUCCGGACAUCUUCCGGCCCGAAAGGUUUAUGGAGGCGGAUAAUAAGGCUCGAAUGUUGAUGGAACGUAACGUCGAGAUGGUUUUUGGUUAUGGCAGAUACGGUUGCGCUGGAAAGCCCUUGGCUUUUAUGGAACUAAACAAGAUUUAUUUCGAGCUUUUCCGAAACUUCGAUUUUCAUAGCAAAGUACCGACGUACCGCGUUGGCCCCUCCGCAGUCGGAAGAGCGCGCAUCAUGCUGGACAGGGGUUGGAAUUUCAAGAUCUGCGACCGAGACUCUGGAGCACACGGCACACGCACACAGACCUCCCGACAGAAACCCCAGAUCACAGGGAAGACCGUCUGUCCAAGGAGCACCAUGGCAACCCAGCUUCCCGAUCCCACAGAAGACCUCGACUGGUCAGGCUUUGUCGGCCCCAUCCACGAGCGCUUCAGGGCCUCCGCCGAGGCUCACCCAGACAGGACAUGCAUCGUUGAGACCAAGACGGCCACCACUCCCGAGAGGGUCUUUACGUAUCGUCAGAUUUAUGAGGCGUCCAAUGCCCUCGCCCACUACCUGCACGAUGCGGGCGUCACAAAUGGAGAUGUGGUCAUGAUCUGGGCCCAUCGGUCGGUGGAUUUGGUCGUCUGCAUCAUGGGAACCUUGACCCGGCAUAUCCUCCAGCCCGGCAACAGAAUCGGCCGGGCAACAGACGAGAACGGGCCAUUGGCUCCUCUCGUCCAAAGCUACAUCGACGAGUCGCUUCAGCUUAAGGCCGAAGUGCCUGAACUUCGCCUCCGUGAUGAUGGCUAUCUCUUCGGCGGUGAGGUCGACGGUCAGGAUGUCUUCCAGAGCGCAAGGGAGAAGGCUUCAUCACCACCCGAUGUUCUUGUGGGGCCAGACUCGAACCCUACGCUGUCCUUCACGUCAGGAAGCGAGGGGCGGCCCAAGGGUGUACUUGGUCGUCAUUACAGUCUGACGAGGUACUACGGCUGGAUGGCCGAGCGUUUCAACCUAUCAUCCGAGAGUAAAUUUACCAUGCUGUCUGGAAUUGCUCAUGACCCUAUCCAGAGAGAUAUCUUUACACCACUCUUCCUUGGAGCGCAACUGCUGGUUCCAGCGAAGGAGGAUAUCCAGCACGAGAAAUUGGCUGAAUGGAUGAGCGAGCACAAGCCGACAGUCAGUCAUUUGACCCCGGCUAUGGGUCAGAUCCUGGUCGGCGGUGCCACGGCGCAAUUCCCUAGCCUCCAAAAUGUCUUCUUUGUCGGCGACGUUCUGACAACAAGAGAUUGUCGAGUUCUCAGGCGACUUGCGGUCAACGCAAACAUCAUCAAUAUGUACGGAACGACCGAGACGCAGCGAGCUGUCAGUUAUUACGAGAUUCCAAGCGCGACGAGGGACCCUGAUUACCUGAACAAGCUCAAGGACACCGUCCCUGCUGGAAAGGGUAUGCAGAAUGUCCAGCUAUUGGUGGUGAGCCGAGAGGACAAGACAAAGAUGUGCAAGGUUGGCGAAGUGGGCGAGAUUUAUUGCCGUGCUGCAGGUCUGGCCGAGGGCUACCUCGGAGACGAGCAAAAGAACGCCGAGAAGUUCCUCUCAAAUUGGUUCGUCGACAACCAGAAGUGGGUAGAGCUUGACGCAAAGAACAGCAAGAACGAGCCGUGGCGCAAGUACUACAAAGGCCCUCGAGACAGGCUCUACCGAACCGGUGAUCUUGGACGGUACUUGGAAACCGGAGACGUCGAGUGCACAGGACGGGCCGAUGACCAGGUCAAGAUUCGUGGUUUCCGUAUUGAGCUGAACGACAUCGACAGCAACCUGAGCCAGCACCCACUGAUCCGAGACUGCAAGACACUCGUGCGAAGAGAUCGAAACGAGGAACCCUCACUGGUCAGCUACAUCGUACCCGAGGCCAAAGAAUGGGAGCGCUGGCUUUCGUCUAACAAGUAUGAGGAUGUCGAAGACGAGGGUGUUGAGAUGGGAACUGUGAGAGUCUAUCUGAAGAAGUACAGACGGAUGCAGACCGAGGUGCGAGACCACCUGAAGUCCCGUCUGCCGGUCUACGCCGUGCCAACCAUCUACAUUGUGCUCAACAAGCUGCCUUUGAACCCCAAUGGCAAGGUGGAUAAGCCUAACCUGCCUUUCCCUGAUGUGGCUGAACGCACAGAAGAGGCGUCAGAAGAGGACCUGAAGAACUGGGAGUCCCUGUCGGAGACAGAACGAGCAGUUGCCCAGAAGUGGGCUGAGCUCGUCCGUGGUCUGAACCCAAAGACCAUCAAACAGGAUCAGAGCUUCUUCGAUCUCGGUGGACACAGUUUGCUGGCCCAGCAGCUCCUUUUGAUGACUCGCAAGGAAUUUGGUGUCGAUAUUUCUAUCAAUCUGCUCUACGAAUUUCCAACUCUGGCUGGCUUUAGCGGUCAGAUUGAGAAGGUGAAGGGUGGCGCUGGCGUGGACGUCGAGGAAGGCGACCCCGAGUACGCCAAAUCAUACGACGAGCUGGUUGAGAUCCUGUCCGAUAAGUAUCAGUCCGCAGACACCGAGGCUGCAGGGGACGCCGAGAACUUGACAGUCUUCUUGACAGGAGCGACAGGAUUCUUGGGUGCCUAUCUUAUCAAUGAGAUCCUCGAGCGACCAAAGCCCAACAUCAAGUUGAUCGCUCAUGUGCGAGGCGCCAAGAACCCUGCUGCGGCGUUGGAGCGGCUGCAACGCUCACUGCGCGGAAACGGGGUAUGGAAAGAUGAGUGGAGCUCGAGAUUGAGCUGUGUCGUGGGAGACCUGUCCCAACCACAGCUCGGCAUCGACAUUCUCACAUGGAAGAGGCUGAGCAAAGAAGUGGACGUGGUUAUACACAACGGUGCUUCAGUUCACUGGGUCAAGCGAUACCACGAGAUGAUGCCACCGAACGUCCUCUCCACCAUUGACGCCAUGAGGCUCUGCAACGAAGGCAAGCCCAAGCGAUUCUCAUUCGUCAGCUCCACUGCCGUCCUGGACUCGGACCAUUACAUCAAGCUCUCCGAAGACUUGACCAGAACAGGACAAGGCUCGAUCACAGAAGAAGACGAUAUGCUAGGCAGCCGGACCGGCCUCGGCACGGGCUACGGCCAGACCAAGUGGGUGUCCGAGCAACUGAUCCGCGAGGCGGGCAAGCGCGGACUGCGAGGCACCAUCAUCCGACCAGGCUACAUCUUGGGUGACGCGGAGACUGGUGUUUGCAAUGUCGACGACUUCAUGAUCCGCAUGCUGAAGGGCUGCAUCCAGUUGCAGAGCCGGCCGCGGAUCAUCAACACGGUCAACGCCGUGCCCGUCAAGCACGUGGCGCGGGUGGUGGUGGCCGGCGCGUUGAACCCCAUCCCCGGCGGCGUGCACGUGGCACAGGUGACGGCGCACCCGCGGCUGCGGAUGAACGAGUACCUGUCGAUCCUGGAGUUCUACGGCUACAAGACGCCCGAAGUGUCGUAUGACGCGUGGAAGGAUGACCUGGAGCGAUUCGUGUCGGCAGGUCCGAUCGAGAAGGACCAGGAGCAGCACGCGCUGAUGCCGCUGUUCCACUUCUGCAUGAACGAUCUGCCGGCCAACACGCGCGCGCCCGAGCUGGACGACCGCAACGCCGUCGCCGUGCUCAAGGCUGACGCUGACCGGUACACGGGUGUCGACGAGAGCAUGGGAUACGGCGUGUCGAGGGAGGAUGUCGGGCGAUACCUCAAGUAUCUCGCCGAGAUCAAGUAUAUCAGCCUCCCGUCCGAGAGGGGCCGGCCGCUGCCUGAGAUCAAGGCGGACAUUGCGAGCGCGAAGGCUGCUGGUGGACGUGGUGGAGCCUCCUAUGCUCCUCCGCCGGAUCUCGCGAUGAACAACCGCGUCGGAACCUUGCCGGCGACAGCGACAGCCGGACAGGAGCCCACUGCUGCCGCCGCUGCUGCUGCAGCACUGCCAUCAUCAUUCGCCCUGGGCAUGGAUGUCGGCGGCGGCGAUAUCCAGUCUGCGACGUAUGGGCAGCAGCCGCAGCAGCAGCAGCACCAGUCGGUGCCUUUUUGGGACCAUGCUGCGCCGGCUGCGAGGCGCCGUCGCUCCGGGGCGCCUCGCGAGGGCUGCACCAUGUGUAGGCUGCGUAAGGUGAAGUGCUCUGGCAAGCCGGCGAAGAACGGCCCUUGCGCCAACUGCUCGAGGCUGGAGCUUGAAUGCAGCUUUAUGGAUGCCGAGCAAGGCAAGGUGUCUCGGGUGGCACCAUCAAGAGACCGCACAGAGGCCGGGACGGCCAGGAAACGCGCUCAGAAGGCCUGCAAGGAGUGUCAUCUCCACAAAACAAAGUGUUCUGGAGAUCUUCCACGGUGUAAGCGGUGCGAGGCAAAUGACUUGGCGUGCGAGUAUGUGGCUUCGAGGAGAAAGUUCUCCCAUGCACCUACUAUCCAGUCGACGUCUCAGAGCACCCAGAGCGCCCACAGCGCCCAGAGCGACAACCAGGAAGUCGAGACUAGGCUAAGUUUGCCGGACAUCAAGACCGACGCAAAACCACUGAUAUCACCUCUGUGGGCGCCGAUGCCCUGCAUGGGUAUCAUGCAGCGGGACUGUACCUAUCUCGAGAUCGAUGAACGACGGCUCCACCCUAUCGUGGCCGCGGCUGUCUGUGCCAUGACGUCCCGUGUCGUCCAACCGGGCGAGGAGAAGCAUAUUCCGUUCGCGGACAGGUGUGCAGACCAGGUUGACUUCUACCUGUUCCGCACUAUCGACUCGUUCCUCCGCAAAAACGCCCACGAAAACCUGAUCAUCCUGGUCUGCGCCAUCUGCCACUUCUGGCACGAGAAUCAGAUGAGCAAGGUCUGGAUGUACAUGGGGCUCGCCGCACGCCUCAUCACGGCCCUGCAGCUGAACUGGGAUGGCGCAGGUGAGUCCGUUAUCAAGCAGGAGACUAAUCGCCGGCUGGUCUGGGUAUGCUACCUGCUAGAUCGUUUGUUGGCAGGCGGCUUCGACGAGCAUCUUGUACUUCGGGACGACGACAUGCACCUCAAAUUACCUGUCAGCAACGAGGUAUUAUUUGAAGCCGUGCAAUCGGCAGAAGCAUCUGGGCAACCUGCCGCUUCGGCCGGUUUCGUAGGCACGAGAAGUACCUCAAAAGUAUUGUCCCUGGACGGCUAUCACCUCAGGCUACAUAGACUCAGGCAUCACAUUUUGGGUGUUACGAAACGGCUCACAAGCCCACCGACUCCGCAUCCUCGCAGACCGCGGCUAGAGGCAUCCCAGGUCAUCAAGCUGGUCAACGGCCUUCAGAAUCAACUCAUAAGCUUCAACCAAUCCAUAUCCGAGGAUCUGAAAUUAAACGACGCCAACACCAACCGAUUCCUUAACUCUCCAGACGGUCCAAGCUUUAUCAUGCUGCAUUCUCUUUUCUGGCUCCUCCACGUCGACCUGUACCGCUUCACUAUCCCAGGCAUCCGUGAAGAAGCCAACCCGGAGUUGAUACGGCAACUACCCAGAGACUUUGUUCUCAAGUCACAGAGACAAGCAGUCGGCUACGCCGUCAGCCUCGCCCGGUUCUGGCGGUCCCUGCAAGGCAUCGUGGCCAAGAGACCCCCGGGGGACGGGACUGAGAGACUCCUCACGGUGGACCAGAUGUUUGCCAUUUACGUCAUCCAACCGACUAAGAUACUGCUAGCUGCAAGGCAACAUCACCUCUUCGACGAUUUGGAGGACAGCACUGCGCCCCUUGUGCGGCAGGAACCGGUCGACGAUGCGGCCUUAGCGGCUCUCGUCGAGUCCAACUUACAACUAAUCCCACCCUUCGCUCGCUUCUUCCCUCGUAUUAUGGAUAUAACGCAAGAUCUCCGCGAGGCGGUCGCCAACUUUACACAUGACACUCGUUACGAUCAGCCGGCGACUAUAGGUGCGCCCGCUGUCAAGCCGCCCGAGAACAUCAGACUGCCCGGACCCCACUACGUCCUCGAGAACGCGCUUGUGCAGCGAGUUACCGAUCAGGACGACAGGGACAGGGAAAGACAGAGGAACAUGUCAGCCGCAGACCUCUGGUUCCGGUCCAAGAAGAGGUCCAGGGAAGAAAGCCCGGUGACGCCGCCAAUUAGGACCCAGGAAGAAGCUCCCUUACCUGUCAACGGUGCCCCCGAGAUCCCUAUCUGGCUGGCAGAGGCACGUGGCUGCGACCCGCUGCCGGACACGCCCCCGCAGGACAGCAAUAGUGAUGCCCAGGCCUGGAUGGCCUCUCAAUCCGGGGUGGGCCUAGGCCUCAGCAACGCCUAUCUCUUCGACGGGUCCUGGCCUGUUCCGCAGCAAAGCGAGUUUGACAUGAUGAUGAGCCACCCAUAUGGGCACUCGGGCACGACGACGCUGCUGUAUGAGCGGGCGAGGGGCAGCGCGAGCACUGCUAUACCCCCAGUCAUGCAUGGCGGGCCCGAGAAGAGCGGGUAUUAUGACAGGGCGGUUAGUACACACGCGGUUGGUACACACCUACCCUAUCCACAGCAUUUCAACGAUUUUGUUGGCAAUUGA